GCGUACAUUUUGUGUCGACUGCGAAGCCGAAGCCGAGCGGAGAUCCGGGAAAGAGACGUGGCGGCCGGGUCGCCGGGAAGGAGGGAGCGGAGCCCUCCGCCAGCCAUGGAGACGUGGAAUAUGAACCUACCCCGGGGGCCCGAAAACCUGUGCUUCGACAAGGACGAGUUUAUGAAGCCGAAUUUUGAUGUCGAUCACUUUGUGUCGGAGUGCAGGAAACGUGUUCAGUUGGAAGAGCUUCGGGAUGAUCUUGAGCUCUACUACAAACUUCUUAAAACUGCCAUGAUAGAGCUCAUAAACAAGGAUUAUGCAGACUUUGUUAAUCUUUCCACCAAUCUUGUUGGCAUGGACAAAGCCCUUAAUCAGCUUUCGGUGCCUUUAGGACAACUGCGAGAGGAAGUUAUGAGUCUUAAGUCAUGUGUCAGUGAAGGAAUUCGAGCAAUUGAUGAACGUGUGUCUAAACAAGAAGAUAUCAGGGCAAAAAAGAUGUGUGUCCUGAGACUUAUUCAAGUUAUUAAAGCAGUUGAGAAAAUUGAGAAAAUUCUGCACUCCCAAAAUUCUAAAGAAAUGUCAUCACUAGAAGGAAGCAGUCCACUUCUGACUGGACAGAUUUUGGAAAGAAUUGCCACAGAAUUCAACCAGUUACAGUUUCAUGCAGUACAGAGCAAAGGAAUGCCACUCCUAGACAAGCUGAAGCCACGAAUAGUUGGGAUAACAGCAAUGCUGCAGCAGUCGCUGGAGGGACUGCUUUUAGAAGGCCUUCAAACUUCCAACAUCGACAUAAUCCGUCAUUGCUUGCGAACCUAUGCAACAAUAGACAAAACACGGGAUGCUGAAGCAUUAGUUGGUGAAGUGCUUGUGAAACCAUAUGUAGAUGAGGUGAUUGUGGAACAGUUUGUUCAAUCUCGUCCUAAUGGCCUCCAGACCAUGUACAACAAAUUGCUGGAGUUUGUUCCUCUCCACUGCCGCCUCUUGCGUGAAGUAACAGGGGGAGGUAUUUCAAGCGAAAAGGGGAAUGUUGUUCCUGGAUAUGAUUUUUUGGUAAAUUCUGUGUGGCCAGAAAUAGUUCGUGGUUUAGAAGUUAAGCUGCCAUCACUGUUUAAUCCUGGGAACCCAGAUGCAUUUCAUGAGAAAUACACUAUAAGCAUGGAUUUUGUGAGAAAGUUUGAACGGCAGUGUGGCUCACAAGCCAGUGUUAAAAGACUACGGUCACAUCCUUCCUACCACAGCUUUAAUGAUAAAUGGAAUUUGCCUGUUUAUUUCCAAAUAAGGUUUAGAGAAAUAGCGGGGGCCUUAGAAACAGCCUUUUCUGAUGACUUAGAAGAAGCUCCAGCUCAAAGUUCGUACAGCCUCUUGGCAACACAUGUUGCAUGUGCAAGUCUGCAGAAGUGUUGGUCAGAUCAGAUAUUUCUGCCAUUGCUCACACAUCGCCUUUGGAAGCUUUCACUGCAGAUUGUAGCGCGCUAUUCGUUUUUUAUUAGCGAGCUUCUACUCAGGCCCAUCUCUAACGAAAGUACAAAGGAUAAAAAAUCAUUGGCAAGCAGUAGCAAGGAGUGCCCACUGAACCCAAACUCUGUUGAAGACCAAGGAAACGACUCUUGUCCAGAGUCUCAGCCUUUAGCUUCCAUAUCCACCACUCAGCUGGUGCUUGUUGCUUCGGAUCUGGAUAAGCUUCAGGAAUGGUUUCCUGAAUUGUUGGAAAUUAUCAAACCAAAACUUGAAACAACUGGUUUCAAGAACAUAGAAUGCAUCUCAGGAGCCCUGGAAGACUCAAAGGACUCUUUGCUGGGUUGCUGGCCAACCUUGAACAGUAAGCUUAUUCAGGAGUUAAGUGAUUCUUGCUUCAGUUGCCUGAAAAGUGCUGUUGAGAUUCCAAGGCUAUAUAGAAGAACUAAUAAGGAGGUGCCAACCAAAGCAUUGCCCUAUGUUGACACUGCUCUUAAACCUUUCCACCAACUGAAGAAUGAGUACAAAGAUAUACUAAAACCAGCUGUAAUUGAGCAGUGGCUUGAAGGAGCCCUUGGCAAAAGCACACAGAAGUACUUUGAGACAAUAUCAGAUAUUCUGAAUUCUGUAAAGAAAAUGGAAGAGAGUUUGAAAAGGCUGAAGCAGGCAAGAAAAACCGUGACAGCAAAUAGCACCGCUCCAAAUGGAGGCAUGAGUGAUGAUAACAAAAUCCGCCUGCAGCUGGCCUUGGAUGUGGAGCACUUUGGGAUUCAGAUACAGAAGAUGGGAUUGCAGCUGAGCAACAUCAAAAGCUUUUCAGCUCUUUCAGAGCUUGUUCAAGCUGCCAAGGAUCAGAUAGCAGCAGAACAAACAUGAUUUUCAGCUGAUGAGAGAGAUCAGGCCUGGCUUCCAAAAAGGAGAGGGUUUCUUUUCAUUUUCUCUCGUCAAGUACUAUGUAGCAAUGAAGUGCUUCCUAAUGCAGCUUCAGCAGCAAGUUAAGUGUGUCUCAAGAGACAUAAAAAACUUGUUUCACCAAAAAGGAGAGAACCUUAUAGAAGAGCAUAUACUCUCAUUUUCCAUUGUAUGGAAGAAAGUUUAUAUAUUUCUAAGCAAUCUACUACAAAGCUAUGAAAGGUUAUUAUUAUUAUUUUUAUUAUUAUUGUAAAUCUUAUCAUGCAGGAAAACUGAUUUAACAUGAUUAAAAUAAACAAGAAAAGCAUUGUCUUCCUUUGUAACAUUUUAUCACUGGAGAGGAGAUAUACUAAAUAUGUAAGUUCAAGUGGCUUUGUAGUAUUAAUCUUCACACAAUGUAAGAAUAGUAAUUGACCGACCUCUAAGCAUACCUUAUACGUUAGAACGUUGGGUUGUGUAGAAGAGAUUAAAAUAAGCAUUACUACUCUUGAAUUUUAAAACAAACAAGAAAGCAUUCUCCUGAGCUUUGUCUUUAAAGAGGUCACACUUACUUUUUUUUAGAAGAAAAUUAAGCAUUUGUCAAGGUGGUUGUCUUGUGUCUUGGAAGGGUCUUAAAUCACCUAAAAGUCAGUCUGUCUGUCUCAUGGAAAAACUCGGGAUUACUUUGGGAUUUGGGGUUUUCAUUUGCACCUCUUUAAGACCUCAUCAUAAUUUACAUGCAAACUCCUUAAAACACACUACCUGUUCCUGUUGCUGCUAACAUUCAGAAAAGGCUCAUAUGACAGUCAACUGACCUUAUGCAUUCCUUAAGGAAGCAUAUACUGCUCUGAGGUCAUUUGAAACCUAAUGUACAUGGCUUGGCGUAUUUGCUUUACACCAUCCAAGGCGUUCCUGGUUUAAAAACCUGUCUGGUUUCAAAGCUUAAUGUAGCCUGACUUACCUACAUUUCUCACAUGGCUAAGCAAAAAUGUAUUGUUAACUUCUGAGUUUUUUUGAAUAUGGUGGGAUAUAGAAUUAUUUAAAUACUUUAAAGAGUUAUAAAGAUUUUUAUUUCCAACUAUUUUCACAAAAUGGUAGAUUAUCAUGUCUGCUUGUUGGAGGAAUACAAUGAUUUUUUAUUGUUGUUGUUCUUUUCAAAUGGCACAGCAUGCCUGUUUGCCCUGUGAUUUUUCCUUUGGGGCCCAUCACAAAGAAAGAACCAAAUAAAUGUGAAUUUGGAAAGAAAGCUGUUAAAGAAUUAUAUUUCUUAUAGAAUUAUUCAUGGUAUGUUAGAGUAACAUCAAGCCUUUGCAAUUUUGUCCACUUCUUUUGUUUGGGGAAUCGGUAUAGCUAAUAUUUAAAUACAUCUCGUGGGACAGGGGAUGAUUGACUAGAGGUUUGCUGAUAGCAUAAUAUUGAAGCCACCUCCUUGCGAUCAAGAUAGACUUCCCCAAUCAUGCUAAAUGUUGGGUGUGUUUUCUGCUCUUAUUUGCAUUUCCUUGAGUGUUGAUGCACUGUUAAGGAGAAGCCUCUUGGGCUUGCCAAUUGGAAGGUCGGCAGUUCGAAUCCGUGCAACAGGGUGAGCUCCUGCUGCUCUGCCCCAACUUCUGCCAACCUAGCAGUUUGAAAGCAUGCCAGUGCAAGUAGAUAAAUAGGUACUGCUGCAGUGGGAAGGUAAAUGGCGUUUCUGUGUGCUCUGGUUUCUGUCACCGUGUCCUGUUGUGCCAGAAGCGGUUUAGUCAUGCUGGCCACAUACCCAGAAAGCUGUCUGUGGGCAAACGCCAGCUCCCUCGGACUGAAAGCAAGAUGAGCGCCAUAAUCCCAUAGUCACCUUGGACUGGAUUUAACCAUCCAGGGGUCCUUUACAUUUACCUUUUAGCAUUUAUGAAGUCCAUUCUGAGUAUAAAGUGAGAUUAUUAUCUCAAUAACCUGUACAACAGCACCUUAAAGGUAGGAUAAUAUAAUAUUAGGUAUUUUCAUAAUUUUGGGUAUCCCCUUUAUAUAGCUCUAGUGGUUAAUCUGAAAAACCUAAUUAGCGACAGGAUGUGGAUCAAUGCUUGGAUGAGAACACACUGGGAGCCCCAUUCAAGGCAGGUCCUACAGUAUACCCAAAUAAAAGAGUCUAAUUUGGAAGUAUUAAAGGACAGAUAAUUGCCACGUUUAUACACACACACACACACACACACUCCCCCCCCAGGUGGCGCUGUGGUAUGGGACCUAGGUGGCGCUGUGGUUAAACCACUAGGUUUAACCUAGGCCUUGCUGAUCAGAAGGUUGGCGGUUUGAAUCUCUGUGAUGGGGUGAGCUCCCGUUGCUUGGUCCCAGCUCCUGCCAACCUAGCAGUUCGAAAGCACGUCAAAAUGCAAGUAGAUAAAUAGGAACCGCUACAGCGGGAAGGUAAACAGUGUUUCCAUGUGCUGCUCUGGUUUGCCAGAAGCGGCUUUGUCAUGCUGGCCACAUGACCUGGAAGCUAUACACCGGCUCCCUUGGCCAAUAAUGCGAGAUGAGCGUGCAACCCCAGAGUCGGUCACGACUGGACCUAAUGGUCAGGGGUCCCUUUACCUUUACCUUUAACACUGAUGAUAUGGCACCUCCAUUAGUUAUCUUCUGGAGUGCUCUACUCAUAGUGCAAGUUGUAACCUUUAAUAUCUUAAAUGACCCCAGAGCACAAUACCUUAAGAACCACCUUGUCCCAAACCUGUUAAGAUUGAUGCUGGGGGGCAGAGCCUCUUGUGGGACAUUAUUCCAAGGGGCUAGGCUACAUCUUUAUUUUAUUUUCAGUUGGUCUGUUUAUUUCAACAGGCUUCUCAUUGCUUCAUUUAAACUAAUUAUCCUGUUGAUGGUACUGUUUCAAUGUUUAAUGAUUUUAAUUUUUUAUGACGAUAAAUGAGAUUGCUGCUGCUUUGGGUAUUUUAUAUUAAAAAUCAGGCUAUAAAUAUAUCAACAGAAAUAAAACGACCCAGUCUGUCUCUUGCCCUGUUUCACCCAAACAAAAGGGCAAUAACUGUUGUAGAUAGUAAGAGCUGAGGUUGCAGGUGCUUUUGAGGGAUGGAUGGUGUCAGGUGCAAAAAUUAGUAGUAGUAGUAAUAUAGCAUCCUUCAUCCAAAGAUCCCAGUGCAGUUUACAUGAGAAUACAAUGUAAAAAUGAGAAAAAAAUGAGAAUACAAAAGACAUAGUAAAACAAAACAAAAAACCAAUCACCCCCCAACAUAUUUUUUAAACCAUAGAAUGCCUAGUUGAAGAGAAACAUGCCUAAAAGUAUAUAACGAAGGCGCCAGGUGACCUCUCCUUAGAGGGGUCACACAAAGGAGGGCCUCAGGAACUGCCCACUAGCAGUGCCUCAGCCUUUUCAGGAUUGAGCUCCCGUUUGUUGGCUCUCAUCUGUCCAUUACUGAGGCAAGACAAUGUUUCAACAGAUCCACUGCCACAUCUGCAGUUGUAAAGGAGAAGUAGAGCUACUACCGUGUUUCUCCGAAAAUAAGACACCCUCUUAUAUUUAU